AAUAAUAUUAUUAAAAAAUUCCUCCAAUGUCAUUCCACCUCCCCAUCCGACCCCACCACUGCCACCCGCGAGCCAUUUACGGACCGCCACGUGGACUGACCAGCCUCAGGCCUCGAGUCGGAUGACCGUCGUAUAGGAAACGCGCGACCCGCCCCGACUUACUUUACCACCGGCCCUCCUAGCCCAGUUUUCUUAAAUUCUGAAGCCGGAGAUGGCAGCCCAUAAAAAAUAAAAGGCCCAUUUUCUGCCCAACAAGUGGGCUCGACAUGACGCCUAAAACCCUGACCUCGCGCGCCUCUCUUCCCGCCGCCGGCUCCCCUCUCUCCCCGCCGUCUCGCCGCCUUCCCCCGUCAGCCCUCGGUGGGCGCCGCAUCCAUUUGGCGCAUCCCUCGCCGGCUACCUGCCCUGCGCCUCCUGGACUCCUCCUGUGUGCGGUGGUUCCCUGCUGUGUGGAGGGUGGAUAGGAGGGCAGAAUGUUCGCACUGAGCCAGAUUGAGCACGACAUGCCGAUGCCGCCGCAAUUGAUGAACCGCCCCCUCGUGGACGCCAUCAAAGCCCAGCUGGAGAGGCUCUUCUUGGACAAGGUCAUUGCGAAUCUCGGCCUGUGCGUGUCUGUCUACGAUAUCCGAUCCGUUGAAGGCGGGUCCAUCCAUCCAGGAGAGGGCUGCUCGACCUAUAAAGUUUCCUUCCGGUUGCUGAUGUUCAAGCCCUUUAAUGGGGAGGUUCUUGUUGGGAAGAUCAGUGGAUAUGAUGAUAAAGGCUUGCAAGUUUCGCUUGAUUUUUUCAGUGACAUAUGCAUUCCUGGACACUUGAUGCAGUAUGGCACAGUGAGGGGACCAGAUGGUAGGUGGAUGCUGAAGACUGAAGAUGGUGAUGAGCUUCAUCUUGAUCUAGAUGAUGAGAUAAGAUUCUUGGUAUCUAGCACAAAAUACCUGCCUAUCCCAGUAGAGCAAAAGGAGGACGACCCGCCAUUUGCUCCAAUGCAGAUUGUUGGAAGUAUUAAAGGAGAUGGCCUAGGUCUUCUUGCUUGGUGGGCAACAGACGAAGAGGACGGGGAGGAGGUGGCAGAGGCAGAGCAAUAGCAGCAUGUUGCUCCAGGGAACUCGUUGUGUAGUUUACGAUUUUAGCCUACUUGAAUGUUAGGAAAUUGUAUCUAGCAACAGUAACACGAUAUUUUAGGAUCUAACCCGAUUUACAUGUUUCAUAUUUUUCGAGUCAUUUGCGUUAAAUCUGCUCUAGCACCGUAAGUCAUUCCCUGUUGUUGCUGCUGCUGCGACCUACAGCCGUCAAUUUCACGCAAAACUACCAAAGAAAAUGUGGUCAGAUUCUUAGAAUGUAUGUAUGUGCUACCCAGAAAUUUUCUUAGCAUUAUCGUGCCAGAUAUGUAAUCUGAUAUUAUGGAGAUCUCUCCUUGAAAGGACAUACCAGCAGGCCAGCACCAUUGAAGUUCACUUCUAUGUAGUGCUUGAUAUUACCCCUGCCAGUAGCUGGGUAAAA